AUGCAGGAGGGCGGCACCGUCACCCCCGCCACCCUCCUUGAGGCCAGUGUGCGGAAGAUCGAGAGGGAGUGUGCCGCCCUCAACGCGACUGUGGCGUCUGGUUCGCCGGUGUGUGCCUUCUGCGCCCCCAUCUACGCCAAGCUCGAGCAGCAGCAGCGGCGGCCCGCGGUGACUCAGCUCGACCCCGCCAUGCGGCAGUCGUGCGACGACUGGCUUGCCAUGUACAGCGUGAGGGCGCAGCUGCUCGAUUCCCUGCUGCGGCUGGCGGAGCGCGAGUACGUCCCGCAGCUGCAGGCUGGGUGGGCUGCUGAAGACGGUGACGCCACACGGCUGCUGCUUCGGCGUUUUGCCGCAGCGAAGCACGAUGCACGCGCGGUCCUGCGCGAGGUGCGGCAACGGACGCUUCUCCCGCUGUCGGUCGCGCGCGAUGUGUACGGAGCCGUUGCGGCAGGAGUGGCGGGGGGCACGCAC